AUGUCAGAAAGUACGGAUACCAAACUUGACACAGUAAGUUAUGUUUGAUUCGAUCAGUAACGUUGAAUACUUUAUUUUAAGAAUGUUAUUUUAUCAAAAAUCCUUUUUACCUUAUACUGGAGAUACUUUACUGUGAUACCAUUUGCAAACAACCUAUAGAACCAAUAUUAUAUUGAUACUGUCAAUUAUCAAACUUCCAGUAAUUCUUUCAGAUAUUGGAAUUUCAAUGUCAUGUAUUUGUGUAACUUUUAAUUUUAGGUCAAGCCUAUGCUUGUGGCUAUACCAUCUGAUUCAUCCAAGAAACCAGUCAAGUCAACCGCCGUUGUAAAAUAUUCGGCUGUUCAAACACCAGCAACUUAUGCUCAAUUACAAUGCAAUACAGAUUUAAACUUGCCACCAAGCAAUUGGCUCAGCAGUUCUGCAGAAAGUUAUGGUCUACAGAGUGUAUGGUCUCAAACAUCUGGUUUUUCUAGUUUUCGUAUGGCACAUAUGUUCCCUGAUUGUGUGGGAGAAGUUGAUGUCGUGUCGGAUGCGGAAAAUAUAAAAAAGCUCUUAAAGUUGCCUUACAAUCAUGGAGUUAUAUCUAUGGUAGUGCACAGAAUAGAAAACACAUUGUUAUUAGAUGAUUUUGAUAUUCAUAAGUACUUACUCAGACAGGCAGAAAAUGACUGGGAAUGGUUAAAGAAAUUUUUUUAUGAGCAUAUCUUCCAGAAUCUGGGAGAUAAAGAGAAAUGUCUAUUUCAUAAGACAAGCAACAGAAAUACUUUGCAGCAGAGAAACUUGGUAUCCAAGUUUUUAUAUCACUCAAUAGUAGUGGCUGAUAGUAAAGAGCAACAUAUUAAACCACAAUUACCUGCUAAAACAUCGGAGCCGUGUUUGCCAGAACCUUCGCAAGAAGAGGAAGUACCAGAUCCAAACUAUAAUCACAAUUUUGCGAGGAAUAUUGUCUGGACCUUUGAAAAUAUACAAAUGCUUAUUGGUACUGAUAUGCCGAUAUUUGGAGGACAGACUCAUCCAUGUAUAAGUCUCAGAUUGAGGGAUAUGACUAAACCCAUUAAUGUGUUAACUGGUAUAGAUUAUUGGUUGGAUAAUUUGAUGUGUAAUGUACCUGAAGUGGUAAUGUGCUAUCACUUAGAUGGUAUUGUGCAAAAGUAUGAAUUAAUUAAAACAGAAGACCUUCCUAAUUUGGAUCAUUCAAAAUUUAGUCCCAAAGUCAUCAGGGAUGUUGCGCAGAAUAUUUUAAGUUUUUUAAAAAAUAAUGCAACCAAAGCUGGACACACUUAUUGGUUGUUUAAAGGCAAAGAUGAUGAUGUCGUAAAGUUGUAUGAUUUAACCUCUUUGUGUAACGAUGUAUCAGAUGAAAAGGGUCAAAAUCCAUUCACUGUACCUGUUGCUAUGUUACUGUACAGAGUAGCCCGUAACAUGAAAUAUUCUUCUGAUUAUCAUAGGCAACAGGGUACUAUUAGAAUGUUAUUGAGAAAUUGCAUACAAUUAUUAACUAAAGAGAAGUACCCACAGAUUGUGACAUCUGCACAUUUCAUGCUUUCUGACCUCUAUAUACCAUCAGAUACAGAUCCUGCUAGUCCAGGGUUGUCUGAUCAGAGUGAUGAAGAGGAUACACAAAGUGAAUCUAGUAUAAAUCAUGAAAAUGAAAAGGAUUUGGAAGAGGAACUUGAGGAAACUGCAAUUAAGUCUCUAACAUUAGCUAAUACUUUAGAUCAUGUUUAUCACGGACUCGAAUGCCUACAGUAUUUUCCGAUUGACGAUAAUUCUGAAGAAGAACGAAAGAAACAGGAAGAAGAAGAAAAAAAGAAAAGAGAAUACGAGGAAAAUCAUUUAAAUAUGGCUAAACCUUUCCAGGCAAUUCCUAUGCCUUACAUCUCGUUAAAGGAAAAUAAAAAAGAAACCGACUCUGAAGUCAGUUCUGUGAACAGUAGUCUUAGUCAUAAAAGAAAAUUGAAACAGAAGAAAGCAAAGAAACCUGAAAAAGUUAUUUCAAAAGUGGAAACUCACGAGAUUGAACCAAAAGCACUACUAUGCAAGCUUAAAGUUGAAACUUUGCCCACAUGGCAGGCACCUCAGAAAAACAAUAAUAUUAGUUGGAACAUUCACUUAAAAACCUUAUUAUACGAAAAGGCAUCAUUGAUAUUUGCUGUACUUGCUGAAAAUGAAUAUGCUAAUAGAAAUUACGGAGCCUCAUUGAGAUAUAUGUUAGCAGUCCUACGUUGCCAGAAAAUAUUGGAAAUAUUUUGUAGUAUACGGAACGAUAAGUCUAUUAGCUAUCUAUUAGGUCGUGCUGGAGAUUGUUGUUUUAUGGCUGUGCAAGAUUGGUGUAACGUCGAGAAACAUAGAAGAGAUUACGAGGUGAAGAACGAAAUUGAAGAGAGGAUUGUCCAAGAAAUAUGUCAAAUGGAAGAUUUAGAUAUGAAUGGUGCUGAAUUAUUGCCACAACAUUUAGAAAGUUUAGAAUCUACUUUAGUAGCGUCUUAUAAAUGUUAUGAAAAAGCAUUGUCGUUAGAACCGAUAGAUAUGGAUAGAAACAACCUUUUAAGACGAUUAGGAAAUAUUCAUAACGAGUUAGGUGUACUUUAUAUGAAUCAAGCUGGAACGCGAUAUCAACAAGAAAAUUUAGGAGAAGACUCUAUAAGUUCUUCAGAUGCUGUAACAGCGUUACUUACACGUUCGUUAACUCAUUUGGAAGCAGGCGUGAAAGCAUUUGAAACUGUUCACGACGAAGCAAAUUUAGCACUUUUACACUCAAAUACAGGAAGACUUAUGCGACUUUGCGCACACAUGCACAUUAAACAGAACACUCAAGAACGUCAUUUUUACAAUAAAGCGCUCGCUAGUUAUCAGAAAGCCCUGCAAGUUUUAGGUUCGAGGAAAUCGAAUUCUAUGAUUUGGGAUACUAUUACGUGGGAUUUGUCUACUACUUUAUUUACCAUGGCUACAUUGUUACAAGAUUAUCCUAUAACUGGAUGCAAAACUGAAGAAGAAUUAGAACGAGAAGUUGUUGAUAUUCUACAGAAAGCUUUGAAACAUUGUGAUAUUGAAACUGCCGGGCCAAGACAACCAGUCUACCAAUUUCGCGCUGCAACAAUUCAACAUCGACUCGCAUCUUUGUAUCACCGUGUAUACAGAGAAUACGAACCAGAUACAGAUAAUAUUAAAAGAAAAACAAGCUUGCAACUGUGUAAAUUAUAUUAUGAUAAAGCUGCAAAGCUUUUGUUAGCUUUGGAACAAACUACGGAGUUUCUGACGGUGCAAAUGGAAAGAGUUGCUUUAGCUGAACAUCAAGCGCGUGCUACAACAUUUAAUGGUAAAUUAAAAGCAUACCAAAAUGGUCUUCAGUUAAUUCUACAAUGUAGACCUAUUAUUGAAAUAUUAUGCGAGAGAAAUGGUUCUUCAAAACAAAAGGUUGAAAACGUAAAUACUGUUAGUAAUAAAAUAGGGAAAGAUGUUAUCGAAGAAGGGAAAGCGAUUGAUGAACAAAAAUUAAUAGAAGAUGAAGAAAAUUUAGUGAUAUUAUUGGAACAGCGGUUACAAUUUAUUUUACGAUCUUUAACAAAACUAUUUGUUACUAAGAAUUGCAAUAGCAGCAAGAAAGAGUCAGAAACACUUACCAAUUUGUAUAAACAGUGUUACAGUAAAACAUUACGACCAGUCACGAUGACUGGUUCUAUGUUAAUACAACAUAUUGCACAACUUUUACGAGAGUUAGAGAAGAUGUUACCAUAGAUCACGCUGUUCUUCGGAGGAGAACCAGAAGGACACGUCGCCUAAUCCGUCGAAAUUCGACGGUGCUGGAAAAGUUACGGCCGAGCGGACGGAAUCGAGGGUGUAUCGAUCAUCCGAGAUGGAUUUGCAAUUCAAUUUCGUGGGUCAUCCCGAAGCUCCGCGUGGCUGGUCGAGUGUUUGCGGUGAACGGAACGGUGUCAAUAAGGAACUAGUUGUUUGAGUUACAAUUUCGGGCGUUACAGGCUGUUUUACAUCGAACCGAUCCGGAUUGAUUUCUUUAUCUUCCAUUGCUUUCCACGCGAAUUUCCACUUUUCACAAUUCUUUUUUCUGAUCGACAUCAUGAAUUAUACAGCGAAAAGUAUAAUUGAAACAUGGCAAAAUGAAAAAUUGUCAAUUUAAACUGAUAUAUUAAUAUACAUAUAUACGACUGUCAAAUUAGAGAAUUCAUUCUUCAAUGAGACUAAAUAAUCCUGUUUUACAAAAUAUAUUAUAUAUAUAAUUGAUAAUAAUAUAUUUCGUAGAACAAGAUUACUUGGUCUCAUUGA